AUGUCUGCAGUGGGCGGCUGCCUGUGGAAGUACCAAGUGGAUGCGACAUCUUCCAGCCUGUCAGGGUCUGAAACAGCGACGUGUCCCAGCCAGUUGACACUCACAGCAGCAGCAGCAGCAGUACCCUCUGAUCCUGUCGCGCACCUGAUGCUGAGAGUGCUGGCGUCAACCGGCGGGGACAUCUUUACAGCGGAUGUCGAAGGCUGCACGCCUCUCCAUCUCGCUGCCAAGAAUGGCCACGAAGAGGCCGUGAAGCUGCUGCUUGAACUUGGGGCCGAAAUGCGACUCGAGGACUGUCACGGACAUACUGCUCUCGCUCUAGCUUGCAUGGCAAAACACGAAAAGGUGGUGAACUGUCUGGCAGAAGCAGCACUGCGCAAAUCCCUUCACGAUGGAUGGAGCUACCUGCAUCUCGCCGCUGAGUCAGGAGACACGCAGGUGCUGAGAGACCUGCUGUGCGGCUUUGCGGACCCGGCCGCCACGGACGACUGUGGCUGCAGCCCGCUGCACACGGCAGCGGCCAUGGGGCAGCUGGAGUGCGCCGCUCUGCUGGUGGACGCCGGGGCAAGCCUUGAGGCAAGGAACAACCAAGGCGGGACGCCACUGCUCAUGGCAGCCACUCAAGGAAGGGACACGGUGCUGAGGGAGCUGCUCGCUCUGGGAGCGGAUGCGACGGCCUCGGACAGCUACGGGAGGACGGCACUGCACCUGGCGGCCGAGGGGGACCACGCGGAGUGCGCCAGGGCGCUGCUGGAGGUGCUGAACAGGGGCGACCGCGAGCGCGCCACCCAGGGGGGCGCGACCGCCCUGCUGGCGGCGGCGGCGGCCGGCAACAGCGCGGAAGACGUGUAG